AUGAGUUCUCCAGACACCAAUUCCAAUAGACAUCAAACCAAAAAGAAGACCAAGCUUGACUCCAAUAAAUCUUACUCAUUCUAUGAUUCCUUUGUAACCAGAAAAGACAUCAUCAAAUUGGCCUCCUUGGAAACCCAAAACCAAUAAAAGGAAUUUCUUAAAACUGUCAUCAUACGAUUUGAAGCCGGACACAAAAAGGGAGGAGUAUUCAACUUCCCUGCUUAUGAGCUCAUCUCCUUUUAAUACUAUUAGACCUAAACCAUAUCAAAAGCCACUGAAGAAUCACAAUAAUAGUGUAAAUUGGCUGUCUUUUCAGAAUACCUCUUGUAGAUGUACAAUUACCUCAAAAAUUACACAUUUGAGUAGAAAUCAACCUUCAUGUCACUGGGAUUCUACAUCUUUGUGGAGAGUCUAGAACGCAAAAUCACAUAAAUUGAUUCCUACGAAAUAUUCAAAAAGUUACUCAGACCUAAGAUACUAUUGACUAAUACACAUCAUUUACCCAUUUUUACUCAAGAACACAUCAUGGAAUUCAAUAAAUUCAUGACAAGUUACUUUUACAGAUAUUAUUCGCUAUAUGAAUUAAGAAUGACCACUUAUCAGGAAGUCAAUAUAUUUAGUCGAUUAAAAGGGGAAAAUCCAGUCCAAGUCGAAAAAGAAGAAGACAAAGACUCCAUCUAAGAAGAAGAUGAAUUCAAUUUCAAAGAUGUAGAAGUACAUCUAGAUGAUGAAGUCUAACCUGAACAAGAAGUCAAGAAGAUCAAUGAAAAAGAUGAAGAAUAGAUUGAGAAGUUGCUAGGAUAAUAUAAAUUGAAUUGGAACACAAGAUUAGAUGGUUCCCAAUUAUUAUAAGAAGCAGAAAAAAUAUUAACAAAGAAAAAAUGAAGCAGUUUUUCAUUCUAUUUUUAUUUCAUUUAUUUUACUU